ACUAACUUUCAGCUAUCGUCAUUACCACUGCAGAUAUUCCUCUUCCUAAACAUAUAUUAUGCCAUUGUUUUCUGUGUUGCUGAACUUUUGCUCUACAUUUACAAAGGUGAGAGCUCCUCCUAAGGGGGUUACGUUUGCCCCUAGUCUGAAUUUCAAAACCUAUCCUUUUGCAUUACUGUUGAGGAGAAAGCCAUGUCGCUGUCAGUGUUUUACAAUUGUAUUUGCAUUUUUCUGCCAUUUCUGCUGUCCUAUGUUGCUGUUUCAAGGCCAUGUUGCUUGUAUGAAUUUUAACCUGGUUAACAGGGCCUCUAGUGAGGCACACUGCAUAUAAUCCACCAUUUUUGCCUGUGUAUGUCCAUUUUCCCAUUAUUUUCAGCAUCUUUUUUCUGUACAGUUUACUUUUCUCAACCUACAUUCCUUUGGCUUUCACUGUAAAUAAAGUCAACCAUACCCUUAUUUAUCCCUGACAAAUUUUCCUAUAGGUCAAGUGUGUGAGAUUUUUGUAUCAUUACCUGGGUAAUUUUUGAAAACUUUUUCUAAUGAUUUACAACAGCUUCUGAACAUUUGCUGACGAUAACUUGUGACAUUUUUUCUUUUUUUUUUAUGAUUUCUGAAGGUUGCUAAAAGUCGGGAUGCAAAGAUCGAAGCUUUUACCUUGUGAUUUAAGGCAUUAUUCAAAUAAUUUUAUUAUUCUCACAUUAAGUACCCACUUGCCUAACUAUAUUAAAUGAAAAUUUAAUUCAGUUUUUCAGUACAUUACUGAUUACUGAACUAGUAGUCCGGAAAUGGGGUGUCAGGUAUGAGAAAUUAUUUGUCCUUAUGUGUGUCAAAUAUCAAUGUUUGGAUUUGCAGGCAUUUACUGACUUAUUAUUUUAUGCGUAAUGCUUCUAAGUUGGCAGGUUUUCAUAUUAGAAGCUUUUACUCACUGGUUUAAUUUUUAUAAUAGGUACACUCUUGCCAUACCCUGACAUGGGUGCAACCCUAGGCAUUGAAAUCUUCAUUGUAUUCCUGCUGGCUUUCUUUGAAGGUGUUAGAAUCUUUCUUGGUAUGUACACUGCACAUCUGGUUCCAGUUGUUUAAAAGGUGAAUAACGUUAACUACUGUAUAAGUCACUAUCCAGUGGAUAGCUCAAUUGAUUUCUUUAAUACUUAUGUCCGCUGGAUGGUGAUUUCCAGUGGAUAACAUUAUCCAAUGUUUGAACAACUGGAGCCUGAAUAUUAAUAAUGUGUAAGGGGACUAAACAUGAAUGAAACGUUAUUACCAGGUCCCCACUUUUCAAAUGUUGGGUAUCGCUAUCCAAUUGAUAAGUAUUUAGGGAAACCAAUAUUAUUGUGUUAUCCACUUGAUGGAGAUUUUUGGACUGGAUAGCAUUAUCUGCCUUUUUUGAACAAUGGGACCAAGGUUCCCUAUCUGAUGAAAAAUUCAAUUAUGGUAAUUUCACUUCAUAGUAAAUAAGAUUUUUCAUAUCUACCAAAAUGCAGCAUCAUCACCAUUUAGCUAAACUGCAUCCGCAGCCUUUAACCUAAACAGCUUCCAAGACAAACCUGUGAUCAUGUCAGCAAGCUUUCCUCAUUUCCAUGCAAGUAAUCAGUUCAUUGACCAGACUGAAUGUUAGUGCCCUAUAUUUUAACAAAUCAAUAGGGUGAAUUGGCUCAAGACCUCAGUUAUGGUAUUGCAUCCAGACCUUUUUCAUUCAUUUUAUCGUAGGGUAUAAGGGAAACCUAGCAGAGCGUACUUUAUCACUGGCCCUGUCAUUGGUGCUUGGUAUUCCUGUGCUAUUCAUUCACUUGUUCAUCCUACUGUGGCAGACAUAUGUGUAAGUAGUACUUAGUAGGUUUUCAGGGGCAGAUCUGUUGGGGGGGACACUUCCAUUGUAUUGUUUGACUUAUUUUUUGGCCAAGAUAACACCUGCAGGGGUUGAAAAAAUAUAUAAUUUCUCUCAGCUGACCCCCUUUUUUCAUGGUCCGCAUGAGUGUACCUCCCCCACCACCACCACCACCACCACUCACAGUAGGUCGAGAUCUGUCACUUUUUUUGUUUUUGUUUAGUUUUCUACUUUGUUUGUUUGUUUGUUAAUUUUUCAAUGCCAUUGCCCAAUAAGAUCAGUUUGACCUCAACUCAGGGAUUCCUUUCAGUUCUUAUUCAUGGAAUGCACAUAGAAAAACUCAAGUGUUAGAACUGUGUAACUUUGGUAGAUUUGGUCUGAUCAGUGAAUUAUGCAAGGCUUCUCAGAGUUUCUGACCAGUCACAGCUUUUGUUGAAGUGUUAAAUUCAAUAAAAAUCAAAACUGAUGACCAUUAUAAUUGAAAAAGUAUGGGUUUCCAUCAAAUUUAAUGCAUCAAAAUAACGGCUAUCAUUUUAUUUUAUUCCAGUUGCCUAUAUCACCUUAUUUGUUUGCUUUUUUCUGUGAUUUAGAUUGAGAAUAGAAGCAGUUCUUGUAAGUAUAGCCUUAGUUCUCCUUGGACUGGAAAUGAUCUUCAGCAUUGCGGCUGUUUUUACUUUUAAGAGGUAA